AUGGAGUCCUCAAGCGUUUUACUUUCAUCCAGAUACAAACUGAAAGCACUGCCUGUCAUUGAGGCCUGCUACAGCGUCACCUCUGCGUGCCCCGUAGGCUACAGCGUCACCUCUGCGUGCCCCGUAGGCUACAGCGUCACCUCUGCGUGCCCCGUAGGCUACAGCGUCACCUCUGCGUGCCCCGUAGGCUACAGCGUCACCUCUGCGUGCCCCGUAGGCUACAGCGUCACCUCUGCGUGCCCCGUAGGCUACAGCGUCACCUCUGCGUGCCCCGUAGGCUACAGCGUCACCUCUGCGUGCCCCGUAGGCUACAGCGUCACCUCUGCGUGCCCCGUAGGCUACAGCGUCACCUCUGCGUGUCCCGUAGGCUACAGCGUCACCUCUGCGUGUCCCGUAGGCUACAGCGUCACCUCUGCGUGUCCCGUAGGCUACAGCGUCACCUCUGCGUGUCCCGUAGGCUACAGCGUCACCUCUGCGUGUCCCGUAGGCUACAGCGUCACCUCUGCGUGUCCCGUAGGCUACAGCGUCACCUCUGCGUGUCCCGUAGGCUACAGCGUCACCUCUGCGUGUCCCGUAGGCUACAGCGUCACCUCUGCGUGUCCCGUAGGCUACAGCGUCACCUCUGCGUGUCCCGUAGGCUACAGCGUCACCUCUGCGUGUCCCGUAGGCUACAGCGUCACCUCUGCGUGUCCCGUAGGCUACAGCGUCACCUCUGCGUGUCCCGUAGGCUACAGCGUCACCUCUGCGUGUCCCGUAGGCUACAGCCCCUACUACAGCGUCACCUCUGCGUGUCCCGUAGGCUACAGCGUCACCUCUGCGUGUCCCGUAGCCUACAGCGUCACCUCUGCGUGCCCCGUAGCCUACAGCGUCACCUCUGCGUGCCCCGUAGCCUACAGCGUCACCUCUGCGUGCCCCGUAGCCUACAGCGUCACCUCUGCGUGCCCCGUAGGCUACAGCGUCACCUCUGCGUGCCCCGUAGGCUACAGCGUCACCUCUGCGUGUCCCGUAGCCUACAGCGUCACCUCUGCGUGUCCCGUAGCCUACAGCGUCACCUCUGCGUGUCCCGUAGCCUACAGCGUCACCUCUGCGUGUCCCGUAGCCUACAGCGUCACCUCUGCGUGUCCCGUAGCCUACAGCGUCACCUCUGCGUGUCCCGUAGCCUACAGCGUCACCUCUGCGUGUCCCGUAGCCUACAGCGUCACCUCUGCGUGUCCCGUAGCCUACAGCGUCACCUCUGCGUGUCCCGUAGGCUACAGCGUCACCUCUGCGUGCCCCGUAGGCUACAGCGUCACCUCUGCGUGCCCCGUAGGCUACAGCGUCACCUCUGCGUGCCCCGUAGGCUACAGCGUCACCUCUGCGUGCCCCGUAGGCUACAGCGUCACCUCUGCGUGCCCCGUAGGCUACAGCGUCACCUCUGCGUGCCCCGUAGGCUACAGCGUCACCUCUGCGUGCCCCGUAGGCUACAGCGUCACCUCUGCGUGCCCCGUAGGCUACAGCGUCACCUCUGCGUGCCCCGUAGGCUACAGCGUCACCUCUGCGUGCCCCGUAGGCUACAGCGUCACCUCUGCGUGCCCCGUAGGCUACAGCGUCACCUCUGCGUGCCCCGUAGGCUACAGCGUCACCUCUGCGUGCCCCGUAGGCUACAGCGUCACCUCUGCGUGCCCCGUAGGCUACAGCGUCACCUCUGCGUGCCCCGUAGGCUACAGCGUCACCUCUGCGUGCCCCGUAGGCUACAGCGUCACCUCUGCGUGCCCCGUAGGCUACAGCGUCACCUCUGCGUGCCCCGUAGGCUACAGCGUCACCUCUGCGUGCCCCGUAGGCUACAGCGUCACCUCUGCGUGCCCCGUAGGCUACAGCGUCACCUCUGCGUGCCCCGUAGGCUACAGCGUCACCUCUGCGUGCCCCGUAGGCUACAGCGUCACCUCUGCGUGCCCCGUAGGCUACAGCGUCACCUCUGCGUGCCCCGUAGGCUACAGCGUCACCUCUGCGUGCCCCGUAGGCUACAGCGUCACCUCUGCGUGCCCCGUAGGCUACAGCGUCACCUCUGCGUGCCCCGUAGGCUACAGCGUCACCUCUGCGUGUCCCGUAGGCUACAGCGUCACCUCUGCGUGCCCCGUAGGCUACAGCGUCACCUCUGCGUGCCCCGUAGGCUACAGCGUCACCUCUGCGUGCCCCGUAGGCUACAGCGUCACCUCUGCGUGUCCCGUAGGCUACAGCGUCACCUCUGCGUGUCCCGUAGGCUACAGCGUCACCUCUGCGUGUCCCGUAGGCUACAGCGUCACCUCUGCGUGUCCCGUAGGCUACAGCGUCACCUCUGCAUGUCCCGUAGGCUACAGCGUCACCUCUGCAUGUCCUGUAGGCUACAGUGUCACCUCUGCGUGCCCCGUAGGCUACAGUGUCACCUCUGCAUGUCCUGUAAAGUUUUUGCUCGCCCCAAGCCUGUAA